AUGGAUAAAGCUUACGCGUUCUGCCGCCUUCGGAGAGCGUCGGUCGUGUUGGUCAUCCUCGCAUGUGCUUUCGCGCACGUCCACGGCGCCCGAAAACUUCAUCAAGAUUUACAUAAAGUUGAAGAUAUCAUGCAAGGUGGUGAGUUUUUUGACGCUCAAUCCGAGUCCCACAUGAAAGCAAUAGAGUCAGCCCUCGCAGCACUUACGGCCGAAGACAGCGACACUCUCCACCGCGUGCUCUUAGAAGGCGCAGCUGCUUAUCCACCUUCGCAGCCUCCAUCUCCGCCUACUCCAUCCCCAUCUUCAUCGCCGCCCGCUCCUUCCCCUCCGCCUCCGCUCCCACCUGGCUUGGCGAUCGAGAUCGGCGAAUACAGCGCCAAGUUUGUCAACUCGUCCCUCAGCAGGGGUCUUGACCCCACCGAUAAGGAAUCCUUAGAAGCUUUCGUCGGUGGCUUCAAAAACAUUACCGCUGACUUUUUCGGUAUCUCGCCCAACAACAUUAUCGUUCGCGGCGUUUACAAGGGCGGCCAGCAGCUCACUCGACGCAUGAUGCUCGCCCGGUCGGAGCGUACUUGGACCCACCGUCAACUGGCAACAGCUCUCCCGGCCAACUCUAACAUGCGCUUGCUAAUCCACGUGCGCUCCUACGUCGCCGAUGGAGCGACUGUGGGGGCCCUGCGCCAGGCAGAGCGUGACUUGAUGCAGUCCGUUCCCAGCAUCCCUGCCGCCGCCGCGACCGUGUAUACCGCACCGUUGGCUCCCUUGAACCGCGCCAUGGCGGAAACGAGCAACGACAACAGUGUGGUGAUUGUGGAGUUUACGGUAGUGCAGUACGUCGAGGUGGUUCUGCCGCCGUCACCGCCGCCGUCACCGCCGCUUUCACCGGGCGAAAUUGCCCCGCCCAAUGUCCCGCCGUCUCCGCCACAACGGCCCACACAUCCGCCGCCGCGGCCUCCCUUCUCGUUUGAGCGUCUGGCGGAUAGCCUUGGCGCCCUGAAACCGCCCUCUUUGCCGCUGACGCCGCCACCCCAGCUGCCCUCGUCGCCCCAGCCGCCGUCCCCCAAGCCUCCAUCGCCGCCGAGUCCUCCAUCCCCAUCCCCACCGCCGCCCGCUCCUUCCCCUCCGCCUCCGCUCCCACCUGGCUUGGCGAUCGAGGUCGCCGAAUACAACGCCAAGUUUGUCAACUCGUCCCUCAGCGGGGACCUUGACCUCACCGAUAAGAAAUCCUUAGAAGCUUUCGUCGGUGACUUCAAAAACAUUACCGCUGACUUUUUCGGUAUCUCGCCCGACAACAUUAUCGUUCGCGGCGUUUACAAGGGCGGCCAGCAGCUCACUCGACGCAUGAUGCUCGCCCGGUCGGAGCGUACUUGGACCCACCGUCAACUGGCAACAGCUCUCCCGGCCAACUCUAACAUGCGCUUGCUAAUCCACGUGCGCUCCUACGUCGCCGAUGGAGCGACUGUGGGGGCCCUGCGCCAGGCAGAGCGUGACUUGAUGCAGUCUGUCCCUAACGCCGGCACGGUCCGCACCCGGCCAGUGUACGAGGUGUCGUCAACGGCCGCGGGUCGCAUGGCGCAAACGAAUAGCGAUGGCGGUGUGGUGAUUGUAGAGUUUACGAUAGUGCAGUACAUCGAGGUCUCGCUGCCGCCGUCGCCGCCGCCAUCACCCCCGCUGUCCCCCGACGAGAUCGCCCCGCCCAACGCACCACAGUCUCCCCCACAACGGCCCACGCAUCCACCGCCGCGGCCUCCCUUCUCUUUAAAGCCGCCGUUGCAGCCGCGCACUAUCACCUCGAUCAACGUGACGGAAAUGUGGGGCCAGGGCAGCAUCGUGAGCCCUUCGAAACGCACAGACGACGGCGAUCUGGAGCCCGGCACUGUGGUCUGGUCCGACGAUCCUAUCUUCAGGACGUACCGCAAGCCGCGCAGCGCACUCAACCUGGUGUUUGCUAGUAAGCACAUGACGUGUGCGGUGAUGCGCGGCGUGUGUGCGCCCUGUCCGCGCGCCUGGGAGGCAACGAAGACCUUCCGUACAGUGCCAAUUUACUUCCGGCAGCCGGUCCAAAUUGACACGAUUAAGAUUCUUCAGCUCCAGAACCCUGGCGUCGUUUCUGUGGAGCUCCUUCCCUGGCCCGCAACCGCCAUUCCCGAGCUGCCGAGCUUGCAAUCCCGGAACGGCACGUUGGGUGCGCCCGUAUGGAAGGUGGAGGAGGAUUCGUCAGAGUGCGGAAUGGAUUUGGUAAUUCAGGUAUCUCCGGAGGUUUCGGGAAUGAAUAUUGCGGUGCCGCCGCGCGGGAGCCAAGAAAGCUUGCCGCCGCGGUUCCGAAGCUCUGCUGCGGGCGGCUUGUUGAUUACAGUGAAGGAGCAACGACGAACGGAAAGGCCUACGGUGAUUGAGUCGGGGGGCUCAAACCCAACUGCUGUAACGAACGAUCGAUAUGAAAACGUGUCUAAUCCAAUUGGGUUGCAUGGGUCAUGGGAUGACAACUUGUUAGCGGCUGGUGUCCGGGGGAGCGGUGCUCGUAAGGGACCCUUCAAGGAGCGAACGGCCGGCAGCACGCAAACAGCAGCAGCAGACUGCAGCAGCGCACGCCUACAGGCCCACCUGAAACCUGAGUGUAGCGGAAGCGCGGGUACAGGAUCGGCUUCCAGAGCUGUGUCCGCAAGGCCUAACAGUUACUGGCCAGGGAGCGUUGAGGAAGCUUUAACCUUAGUUGUCACCGUCUCCUUUAAUGGUGAAAGCGGCAGGCUGGAACGCUGUCGAACUGGGCUUGCCUGGUGCGAACGAUAA